CACGCGCUGCUGCAAGCCUGGGAGUGAGAGCUGUUAGCUUUGUUCGUCCUAACGCUCCUGAAAAGGCAGUGAGGGCUGCAGGGGCCUUCCCUGAAGAGGAGGUCAUGUGAACUCAUGUACGUGGGAAAAAUGAAGCCUAAUUCAGAUUUCUAGUAUUGUUUUGCCUCUGUUGCUCUGAGGAUUACUGAUCAGUGAAAGACCUCGGGGCUGCAGAUCUGAGGAAUUGUACUGAAGAGGCAUGGGGGUUUGAGUUUCCUUUCGAUGGUUGCUGAUUAAGCCUGGCCAGUCCUUCUCCCUCGAGUGGAUGGUCCCAGGAGUCCUGACAAAGUCCUCUGAACUCUGUGACACCCAGCAGAGUGUCCCACAGCAGCCUCCUACCACUCGUGAGAGAGGCACACGGGGUGGGAAGGAGGAAGAGGCCCCCAUGGCCGCAGGCCCUGACGGUGGAAUCGACCUUGCUCACCAGGAUGUAAGCUGUGUGGGAACUGAAGUUCUCCCUGCUCUAUUCACUGCUAUAUCCCCAGUGCCUAGGAAAGUUUCUGGCCAAGUAGGUACUUCACAAAUGUCUUGAAUAAUGAAUGCUGUGAGAAUCUUAGGUCUCCGAACACCUCUGCUCUGUGUCUGAUCAAACAACUUGAAGGCUGCGUCUUCUCAAAAUCCUCAGAAUUCUGCAUCCGUGAGUGUCCUCAUCUGUAAAAUGCGAGAAAUAGAACUCCCCUCAGAGUGUUGUGAUAAAUCAGUGAGGGAUUGAGAUUGCUUUCGCACCAACCUGAAGACACAUGAAGGAGUAAGGAUGGGAACCAUUCUGUUUACUUCUACGAUUCGGACCUUCUGCGUAUGUUGGAUUUUGAACUCCCCUUCAUCAUUCAUACGCGGGAACCAAUGAUAAAAUCCCUGGAAUCACAAUGAGACAUCUCAGAAGCAUUCAUGUGCUUUGCGGUAUUGUCAUGUCAGUGCACGUCUGGGCUUCAGAGCUGCCGGAAGAAAGGGAGCUGACGACCAACCUCUCCAACCUGUUUCUCAGAAAGGUUCCUGCAGACUUGACCCCAACCACGACCACGCUGGAUUUAUCCUACAACCUCCUUUCUGAACUCCAGAGUCCAGAUUUUCGUUCUGUCUCCAAACUGAAAGUUUUGAUUCUGUGCCACAACUAUAUCCAAGAGCUGGAUAUCAAGACCUUUGAAUUUAACAAGGAGUUAAAAUACUUAGACCUGUCCUACAAUAUGCUGAAGACCGUGACUUGGCACUCCCUAGCAGGUCUCAGACAUUUAGAUCUUUCUUUCAAUGACUUUGGCACCAUGCCGAUCAGCGAGGAGAUUAGCAACAUGUCUCGCCUGGAAGUCUUAGGUUUGAGUGGGGCAGAAAUACAAAAAUCAGAUUUCCAGAAAAUUGCUCACUUGCACCUAACUACUAUGUUUUUAGGGUUGAGAACUCUGUCUCAUUACGAAGAAGGCAGCCUGCCCAUCUUAAAUACAACAAAACUUCACAUUGUUUUACCAGCGAACACAGAUUUCUGGGUUCUUUUGUGUGAUGGAAUCAAGACUUCAAAAAUAUUAGAAAUGACAAAUAUAGAUGGCAAGAGCCAAUUUGCAAGUUAUGAAACUCAAAAAAGUCUAACUUUAGAGAAUUCCAAGACAUCUACUCUGUUACUCAGUAACGUUGAUUUACUUUGGGAUGACCUUCUUUUCAUCUUCCAGUUUGUUUGGCAUACGUCAGUAGAAUAUUUCCAAAUUGAACACGUGACUUUUGGGGGUAUGGUUUACCUUGACCGCAAUUCAUUUGACUACUCAAACACUGCAAUGAGAGCUAUAAAAUUGGAGCAUAUACAUUUUAGAUUUUUUCAUAUUCCACAGGACAGUGUCUACUUGCUUUUUACCAAAAUGGACAUAGAAAACCUGACACUGUCAGAUGCACAGAUGCCUCACAUGCUGUUCCCUACUUAUCCUACAAGGUUCCAAUAUUUAAAUUUUGCCAAUAAUAUCUUAACAGAUGAACUAUUUAAAAACCCUAUCCAAUUGCCUCAUUUGAAGACUCUCAUUUUGAAGGGCAACAAAUUGGAAACACUGUCCUUAGUGAGCAGUUUUGCUAAGAACACAUCUUUGCAGUUCUUGGACCUGAGCCAAAAUCUGUUACAACAUGAAAAUAACGAAAAUUGUUUUUGGCCGGAAACCUUGAUCACCAUGAACCUGUCAUCCAACAAAUUUGUUGAUUCUGUUUUCGGGUGCUUGCCCACAAGUGUUCAAAUACUUGACCUGAAUAAUAACCAAAUUCAAACUGUCCCUAAAGAGAUUAUUCAUCUGCAGUCUUUGCAAGAGCUGAAUCUUGCAUUUAAUGUCCUAACCGAUCUCCCUGGGUGCAGUCAUUUCAAAAGACUCUCAGUUCUAAACAUUGAAAUGAACUUAAUUCUCAGUCCAUCUCCCGAUUUUUUUCAGAGCUGCCCGGGAGUUAAGACUCUAAAUGCAGGAGGAAAUCCAUUCCGGUGUACGUGUGAACUAAGAGAUUUCAUUCAGCUUGCAAAAUAUUCCAAGGGCAUGAUGGUUGGAUGGUCAGACUCAUACGUCUGUGAAUACCCUUUGAAUCUCAAGGGGACGCAGUUAAAGGAUGUCCACCUUCCCGAAUUAUCCUGCAACACAGCUCUGCUAAUUGUCACUAUCGUGGGGGCCAUGCUAGUUCUGGGGAUGGCCGUGGCCUUCUGCUGCCGCUACUUUGAUCUGCUCUGGUAUGUCAGGAUGCUGGGCCAGUGGACACAGAUGUGGCACAGGGUUCGGAAGACAACGCAACAGCUCAAGAGAAAUGCCCAGUUCCAUCUGUUUAUUUCUUACAGCGAAAAUGACUCUGCCUGGGUGAAGCAUGAAUUGAUCCCUACUCUAGAGAAAGAAGAUGGCUCUGUCUCGAUUUGCCUUCCUGAGAGAAACUUUGACCCCGGCAAGACAGUUACUGAAAAUAUCCUGAACUGCAUUGAGAAAAGCUGUAAGUCCAUAUUGGUUUUGUCUCCCAGCUUUGUCCAGAGUGAGUGGUGCCAUUAUGAACUCUACUUAGCCCACUACCCUCUCCUUGAUGAAAUUUCUCAUCACAUAAUCCUUAUCUUGUUGGAACCCGUUCCACUCUACUGCGUUCCAACGAGGUAUCCAAGGCUGAAAGCCCUCAUGGAAGAGAAAGCAUACUUGGAAUGGCCCAAGGACAGGCGUAAGUGUGGACUCUUUUGGGCAAAUCUUCGAGCUAAUAUUCAUGUCAGUUCACUAGAAACCAGGGACACGUGUGAGCCACACACAUUCACAGAGUUGAAUGAAGAGUCUCAGGGUUCUGCCCUCUCUCUGAUAAGAACAGACUACGUGUGAAGCCCCGUUCUCCCUCGGGGAAAUUGGGCCCCACGUACACUAUUGAGAUUUAAGUUGAUACCACCUUUAUGAUGACAACUUGGCAAUAUCCAUUGAAAUGAAAAAUGAUUGUUCCCUCAUGUUAAUUCCAUAGAGGUUUUCUAAGAAUGCGUCCUACAGAAACAGAGGUUUGCAAAGGUUUGCGUCAAAAGGUGUUUGUCUGCCAGUUCGAUUCCCAGUCAGGGCACAUGCCUGGGUUGCGGGCAGGUCCCCAGUUGGGGGCAAGAGAGGAAAUUGACUGAUGUUUCUCUCCCUCUCUUUCUCCCUCCCUUCUCCU